AUGCAUGGUGUUAUCGAUUCUUCUCACUACUACGAAGUUAUGAACUCUAUUAUGCUACUUAGCAUAUAUGAGGGUUUGGUAGAUGAGUCCAUUGCGCUCGAAGGCUCUUGGGUGUCACAUAUCAGCGGAGGCUGUACCUUGUUAGAUCUGCGGGGGCAAGGCAAAAUCAUCAACUCUCCUGCAGAGUAUGAGAUAUCUAUACUUAUUUUCAUGCAAAUGAUUCAUAUUGGCCUUGCGACUGGCCAAGGCCUUUCGAUAUCAUGGGAAUCCGUCAAGGAGCUAUGUUUGCCACGACUGCCCUUCUUCUACACGCAUACGCAACUCAUUUAUCAGUCUGCGUGUCUUUGCAUGGAAUGGAGAACCGCUUUGUUGGCCUACAAAGAGGAUCAAGACAUCACACAACUAUCUUCCAUUACGUCUCAGGCAUUGACUUUGGAUAAGCAGCUUGAGGAGUGGGCCAAGACUCUGCCUCCUUCUGCGAACUAUGCGAUUGGAUCUGUAUUGAUCGAUACCCAACUGGAGUGGUUACGACCUUUACUCAAUGCACCGUGGAGGCCUGUCAAUUUGCAUAUGUACACAUCGCUUUCGAGCCAGAUCCUUUGGAGAUUCUAUUGGAUGGUUCGAACUAUCCUCAACCAGGCCCUUCUGUUCACCAACGGCAUAUUUGAACAACGCAAAGUACCGAUAGAUCCGAUUCUCAGCCGGGCCGAAACAGAAUCUAAGCUCAUUUCUUUUACGGAUAGCUUAUGUGAAUCUUGCCUCUCGACCUUCGUAAAUAUCGUCAAGCAAGAUCCGCAAUAUUACAGAGCUGAGGCUAUUCCAAGUGUGUUAGGUUACGUCAGUCUACAGGUUUUGCCGACUCUUAGCUUAUGUCUCGAGCAAGUCGAUAUCACUGGGAUCGAUCUGUCGAGCAGAAGAGAAUGGGUAGCUAGGAUGAGGCAUUUUCUUCGGCUUCAUCUUGGCAUUGCAAAAGGUGCAACAGCCAUACCGCCAUCUCUGAACAAUAACAUCCCAGUCCAGAUUUGGGGCUUUUCAUAG